AUGAAGAGGGAGGAGGACCCUGGUCUUGCAAUCCGCAUCAUCAGCGGCAUGGCGAUUUGUCGAAGUUUAGACCCGAGCAAGUCAAGUGUCGUUCCGUUUAUAAUCGUGGCAGCGAUCCCAGCACGGGCGGACGACUUAGCUUCAGUCACUACUAUAACGAUCAUCCUGGAUGGCCCCAAUGUGGUAGGAUCUGUGGUCCAUCGAUCACCUUAUUCGAUGGUUCUCCGAUUAGCAUCCUUACCGGCUUAUUGCAGUCCCGCGGGGAUGAUCUGUACCAAAGAGAAGCGCGGAGAUAGUGGUCCUCACGACGAAGAAAGCCUGACCGGCCCGCCGCCUUCGAUCCAAGAAAAGUACAACUCUUAG